CCGCCGCUUGGGGGCGUGAGUAUCUGCAGUUUCCUUCUGAGCCUGUGCGCCAUGUUGGAUGUCUCCUCCAUCUCACCAGACGUCGAGCAUGCACGUCUCUUACCUGUUAUUGAAAUAAGUCAUCCGAGAGCCGGAGCACAGCGCCAUGGAGGCCGUGAAAUCCUUCAACAACGAGCUGUACUCGUUGAAUGAGUACAAGCCGCCCAUCUCCAAGGCCAAGAUGACCCAAAUCACCAAGUCCGGCAUCAAGGCUAUAAAAUUCUACAAGCAUGUUGUCCAAAGUGUGGAGAAGUUCAUACAAAAGUGCAAGCCAGAAUACAAAGUCCCUGGCCUGUAUGUCAUCGACUCAAUUGUGAGACAGUCACGACACCAGUUUGGCACAGAAAAGGAUGUUUUUGCUCCACGCUUCAGCAAGAAUAUCAUCCCUACAUUCCAGCACCUCUACCGUUGCCCUUCAGAUGACAAGAGUAAGAUAGUGCGUGUUUUAAACCUGUGGCAAAAGAAUGCUGUCUUCAAGAGUGAUAUCAUCCAGCCGUUGUUGGACAUGGCCGCAGGGAUUCCUCCUCCAAGCCUUACUCCCAUCAUGCCCAGCAGCGGUGCCCCCGUCAAUAACACCACACCUGGCACUCCAGCUACUCCGGCAACCCCAGCCAACAUAGUCCAGGGACUUCCAGACUGGGCUUCACAGAUAACCAACACAGACACAGUGGCAGCUGUUGCGCAGAUCUUACAAAGUCCUCAAGGGCAACAGCUUCAACAGCUUGUACAGAGUCUGCAAAUGCAGCAGCAAAAGCCCCAACCAUCGCUGCUACAGGCCUUGGAUGCUGGUCUGGUUGUACAGCUGCAAGCUCUGACUGCUCAACUCACUGCAGCUGCUACUGCCAACAGCCUAAACCCCCUUGAACAGAGGGUCUCUUCUUUUAACAAGAAACUUUUGGGGCAGUUUGACUUUGGAAAUGAUUCUGAACGCAGUGAAGAGUCUAAGAAGGAAACAUCCUCCUCUCAACUGCCUAUGGUGUCAGAGCCCAUCAACAGCUCACUGUUCCACCAGCUUGCAGAGCAACUGCAGCAACAGAACCUGGAGCAGUUCCAGAAGCAGCUGUUUGAGCACCAGCAAAAGGCUAUGAGCAUAGAAGCCCAGGAUAGUAUCUUUGGUCAAGAGAACUCUGGUGCAACUGCUCAGGGUAGCAGUCAGCCACAGCUUUCUGAGUCGGACAACAAGAUGGAUGAGUCCAUGGACAACCAGCAACAGGACAUGGAACUGGAUGAGGGCCCAGAUGGAAUGGAAGAGAAUAACUUUGAGGGAGAAGAGAAAAAAAACUCUGGGACACGCUCCAGGACACGCUCUCGCUCCAGGUCUCCUAAAAGGCGAAGGUCCAGGUCCCGCUCUGGCUCUCGGAAGCGUAAACACCGGAAGCGGUCGCGCUCACGCUCCAGAGAUCGUAAGAGGAAGACGUCGCGGUCAUACUCAAGUGAAAGACGUGCCCGAGAGCGCGAGAAGGAGCGUCAGAAGAAAGGAUUGCCUCCUAUACGAUCCAAAACUCUGAGCGUAUGCAGCACAACUCUGUGGGUCGGGCAGGUGGACAAAAAGGCUACUCAGCAAGACCUCACAAACUUGUUUGAAGAGUUUGGCCAAAUAGAGUCCAUAAAUAUGAUUCCUCCAAGAGGCUGUGCUUACAUCUGUAUGGUCCAUAGACAGGACGCCUUCCGUGCACGCCAGAAGCUCAGCACAGGUUCUGUCAAGAUUGGCUCAAAAGUAAUCAAGAUUGCUUGGGCCUUAAACAAGGGAGUGAGACAAGAGUACAAGCAAUUUUGGGAUGUGGACCUUGGAGUCACCUACAUUCCUUGGGAGAAAGUUAAAGUAGAUGACUUGGAUGGCUUUGCUGAAGGAGGGAUUAUUGAUCAGGAGACCGUCAAUGAAGAGUGGGACACAGCUAAGCCUUCUGAAUCAACAAAGGAUGUUAUGAGCCAAGCACUUAGCACUGAGACAUCAUCAUCCAACAACCAGAGUGAAAGCUACAACCAGCAAGUGACCAUGAUGCCUGUGCAGCUACCAGUGCCACAGGCGGUUUCUGCUGCAGUAGGCUUGGUUCCUCCUACCUUUCCUGUCACUAUGAGCAUACCCCCACCGGGAUACGGGCCGCCACCACCAUUCAUAAGGCCGAGCUUCAAUGCCUCACAACCACCUCCUGGAUUUUUGCAGGCAGCACAAGCAGCAGCCAUGGCCGCAGCACCAGCUUCCCUUGUGCAGGCCUCUGUGGCAACCAGCCAAGAACAAGUUAAGGAAUCACCAUUUGGCGCUAUGAUUCCAACAACCAGCUCUAUCCCUGGCAACUUCAUGUCCUCAAAUAUGCCAGGAGCCAGUAUGUUCAGUGCUCUUGGAAUCCAAAGUCAGCAAGACAAACUACAACAUUCUGCUAAGAUUUUGGACGGAACACCAGAGCUCACACUUCAAGGUAUGCAGAAUGUAGUUCGCGGUGGAAUGGGUCUUCUAGGCAUGCACCCAACAGCUUCCCUCGCUCACCCACUUCACCAACCGCCUGGAAUGGCAGGACAAAGAAUGCCUGGAAUGCUUCCACUCGACGUGCGCCCCAACCUCCUUCAGCCUGGGCAUGGUGCUCGCUUCCCUCUCCUCCUGCAUCAGGGACCUGGCCAACAGCCCGGUGGCCUCCUUGAUGGUUCCCUUCAAGCUCAUGCCCACGUCAGGCCCCCUUUCUCUCAAUUAGACCAUUUUAACAGGCCGCAUCACCAGGCCAAUAAUAAUGUAUCGAAGGCAGAAGAGUCCUCUUCAGGGGCUGAUAAGGGCAAAGACCAGGACUACCGUUUCCCCCCUGUUGAAAAGCAGAGCACAGGUUUGCUGAGAACACCCCCACCAGAGCAUCGAACACCACUAGGUGGUGGUGGUGGUGGAGGCGGAGGAACAGGAGGCGGAGGAGCAGGAGGAGGCGGAGGAGGUGGAGGAGGAGGGGGAGGAGGAGGAGGAGGGGGAGGAAGCAGGCCUGCAUUGCUGCAAACUCCGGUGACUCAGCCUGCCAGAAACAGUCUGCUUGGACGUCUGCAGGCACUAGCCGGCUUCACCCCUGAUAAUCAAUGGAAUCAGUCUAGAGGGGACUUUGAUGAACGAGAUGGCAUACGAGGUGGCCCUCAGGAGGAUCGGCCCUCCCCGGGGCAGAACUUUCCGAACCGCUUUGACAACCGUCCUUCAAACACAGCUCAGAAAAAUGCAGGCGGCCCACAGCCCUGGAACCGUAGUGGCGGUGCCGCAGGAAACUUUGAAAGUGACUUUGAUGAACGAAGAUCCCAAUGGGACAGGCAGAGAGACCGAGACGAAAGAGAGUUUGACUUCAGGAGGGAAAUGAACGGAAGCCGUCACAACCGUGAGCGCGGGCGAGACCAUCCCAGAGAGCACGACCGCGAUAAAGACAGAGAGCGUGGCAAUUGGACACCCGUUCUCCCACUACCAACGCCUCUUCUUCCAACCCCGCCCAUUAACCCUAACCUGGUCCUGAACCAAGGAAAGCUGCUUUCCCCACUCAGAUUCAACACCUCGAGUCAAUCUCGAUUCCUAACCCCCCAUCAGUCUCAACCCCAAACGAAACCGCCUCUGUUAGGUCAUAAUCAGCCGCUUGUCCCCAUCCAGUCGCCAGAGCCAAGCAAGCUUAGCCAAGCAGCUGACGUUGAACCGCAGCACGAUAUCACCACUCUGCCCGAGACUCCUGAAGUUCAGUCACCACCCUCAGGCCAAGCACUACCUGAGAAGACUCGGACUCAGAGUCAAAUGCCGGGCUCACCCACUGACACCCAGUCAUCACCCCAGCCAGAGACCCCUCUAUUUCCAGAAUCACUACUCACGGAGCAGAUCUGUUCCAAGUUGUCCACAGACAGCGACACUCCAGGCCAGGGCUCUCCUGUCGUCUUUACGCGCGCUGCCAGCCCCCCUGAAGAGACAAGGAACUCUCUGGAGGAGGAGCAGCAAAGUCUACGGGAGAAGAAUGAGGACGUCUUACAAGAAAAAGCUCCCUCACCCCAAGCUGAGUGGGUCAGUGGCGAUGAGAUGGACAAAAGCAUUGUGGUUGAGCCCACAUUGGAUGCUUCGCCUGAGCUCACCUCAGGGUCCUUCAAUUGUCUGCUUCGUGAAAGUGAAGCCGAGCAGCAGCAGCAGCCAGCUGCCUCUCCUAAGGACAUAGACAUUGAACAGAGUGAGGCCAUGGAGGAAGCUGCGAGUGAGCCAGUGCUAGACACUGACACAGACACUGAGGGGACAUAAUCAUCACUCAGUAGGUAACAGAUCAUUUUGUAAAGUUGUCUCUUCUUCUCUGUACUCAUGUCAGCAAAGCAUCACCACCACCACACGGGACACUGACAACCAAUAAGAAAUGAUGAAAUCAGUGUACCUAAAUAGAGCUCAUGAGCUGACCUAUCUAUAGAACAUUUUAUGUGUUUCCUUUCCUUUUAUAAGUUGGACUACCAUCACGUAUGAUUUUAUCAAUCAAAGCUUGGUGAAUUUGAUCAAAUUAACUACUAAAUGUUUGAAUUGUUUGAGGGGAAAUGAGCUUUGACCUUCCUAUGGAAGAGAGGAGGACAUCAUGGCUGUUCAACAACAAAUCAAGUUUAGUCACACACCAUACUUGAAAAUGGCAGUUUCUCACUCACUCGUUUCCUCUCUAAAUGCUGCUGCAAUUUUUUUAGGAAAUGCUUUUACGGUGCCCUGUGGUUUUUACACAAGUCUUAACCUGCACAAACAGCAAUUCCAUAAUUGCCCUUUGAAUCGGAGCUGUUUGAAAUAAACCAUGAACAUGUAUCCCCCAAAUAAAAUUAUGUAUUUGUUUCUAAGUACAGAGAAGCCAAGCAAACAGUAACAUAGCAAAGGGGAAUAAUAGUAAGUCAAUGAACAGAGGAAUAUGCUGGAUAUCGGGUGCAUAUUGUUUUAGUGUGAAAUAAACAUGCUUUGUCUCCUUUAAACACAUGCUAUAGGACUGCUUUCUGACCCAGGACCUGUGGAAACACUUCUUUACACACUCUUGACAGUCAUUUCAGACAAUUUGACAUUCUUGGAACUCAAAUUGCUUCUAUACAAGCCAUCCGCAGAGUUCUCUGGUGGAUGGAAACCAGGGACGUGUAGUUCUUAAUUAUGGAUGACAUCAGCCUUUGUGUGUUUCCCUGAGCUUUUGCUUGGUGACUGUUGCAGAUGAUGGGAUUGUGCCUUUCUGAACGGACUCUUUCAUGAUGAUACCCAAUGCUACUUUGCUACAUACACCAGACUGUGCGCGCUUCUUAAACAAAACAUACCUGCACAAAAUUGCUGGCCUGCCAUGAGUGUGUGUAUUGAGGUAGCUGAACAGUUUGUCCAGCACUCAACUUAGAAGAGACACUAUAUACUCAUUGUUGUAAGCAUGCAGGCUUGUAGCCAUGUUUGAACCCUCCUGUCGUGUUCAUUUCAUGCUUGUAGUGCUUUUCUGCUGAGGCAUACCAUUAGAGGCUAUACUGUUCCACCACAGGAGAUGUGAUGUUAAAUAAACGUUGAAGGUGCAUCAGA